GCAUGUAUUAUGCCUCACUGAUGUUUCGUAACCCACCGUGAACAUACCGUAAAACCCAGCAACUGAUACAUAUCGCUUCACUGAGUGGCCCGAAACCUUCCAUGGCGUCCCUCUCCACUCCCGCCAAUCCAUUCCCCCCUCCGGUCCACCGCCGGCCGGACUUCAAGCCUCCAACCGCUUGGACGCGCCGGAAACCUAAUUCCAGACCGGCAACAGUAUCGGAGCAAACAAACGCACCGACGGUAAGCGAUAGAGCCCCGAGCAGAAUUGACGCGUCGAAGCUGAAGGAGAGAGAGGAGAGAGAGAGGAAAGAGGGAGUGAACAGGAAGAUAGGGUCGCAGAAGGCUAUUUCGAUUAUACUGAGACGCGAGGCCACGAAGGCCAUUCUUGAGAAGAAGGGAGGGCCCAAUAAUUCUAAGAAGCUGUUGCCUCGGACUGUUCUUGAAGCCCUUCACGAGCGUGUUACGGCCUUGCGUUGGGAGUCUGCUUUGAAGGUUUUUGAACUACUGCGUGAACAACUAUGGUACAGGCCCAACUCUGGUAUGUACAUCAAAUUGAUUGUCAUGCUUGGAAAAUGCAAGCAACCGGAGAAAGCCCAUUCUCUUUUUCAAGCUAUGAUUGAUGAAGGUUGUGGCGUGAAUCAUGAAUCCUACACUGCUCUUUUGUCUGCCUAUAGUAGGAGUGGCCUUUUUGACAAAGCAUUUUCUCUCCUUGAGGAGAUGAAGAACCGCCCGGAUUGCAAGCCUGAUGUGUACACAUACUCAAUCCUGAUUAAAUCAUGUGUACAGGUCUAUGCCUUUGACAAGGUGGAUAGUUUGCUUUCCGACAUGGCGUCUCAAGGAAUCAAGCCCAGCACAAUUACAUACAAUACCCUCAUCGAUGCCUAUGGAAAAGCAAGAAAGUUUGCCAAGAUGGAAUCAACACUUGUGGAAAUGCUCCGUGAGGGGCAAUGCGAGCCUGAUGUCUGGACCAUGAACUCCACUAUCAGAGCUUUUGGCGGCAGCGGACAGAUAGAAACAAUGGAGAAAUGUUACGAUAAGUUUCAGCGCGCUGGAAUCCAAGCUGACAUCAAGACCUUCAAUGUUCUCUUGGAUUCCUAUGGGAAAUCCGGGAAUUAUGAGAAAAUGAGUUCCGUGAUGGAAUACAUGCAAAAGUACCACUUCUCAUGGACACUAGUAACAUACAACAUCGUAAUAGACGCAUUUGGAAGGGCUGGAGAUUUGAAACAGGUGGAGUUCUUGUUUAGGUUGAUGCAGUCAGAGAGGAUAAAACCAAACUGUGUUACUCUUUGCUCCCUUGUAAGGGCUUACGGGCAAGCUGGGAGAGCUGAAAAAAUUACUGGUGUUCUGCGUUUCAUUGAGGAUACAGAUGUGACACUGGAUGUCAUAUUUUUCAAUUGCCUUGUGGAUGCUUAUGGGAUGAUGGGAUGCUUUGCAGAGAUGAAAGGAGUGCUGGAAAUGAUGGAGAGGAAACAUUGUAAGCCUGAUCGGAUCACAUAUAGAACCAUGAUUAACGCAUACACUACCGCUGGAAUGACUAGCCAUGCACAGGAGCUCAAGGAUUUUAUGAAUAACUCUGUGCAGAAGACUUCACACCAGAGGUACAAUCAUUGGCAAGAGGCUUAAAAGCUUGGCAGCAAUCCUGCGUAUAAUGUGUAGUAUCUUAUCAAUUGCUGUAACUCUUGCUUCACAUUUCAUUUGUGAAGAAGUAAAUGGGAAAAGAAUGCUUUCCAUCAUCAAAGUGGGCUCAUGAAGGACCCCUAAAUGAACGUCAAAAGAAAAAAGAGAGACCCAAAUUGGACGGUGCAAUCAUUGUACGAUC